AAUUAGAAUGAAUUUAAAUAAUUCUGCCGAAAGUAAAAUGGUACAACAGAUACGAAAGCUGUAAAGAAGCCGACAACAACAUACACAUUAGCCCACUCUGCUUCUUCUUCUUCUUCGCUCGCCAUCUUUUUUUUUGAUUAGUCAACCAUUUUCUUCUCUCUCCAAUUUCAACCUCUGUAAGAGACGACCUGGAAAAAUAUAAAAAGAGAUGAUUAGUGAUCGGUCGGAGUUCAGAGUUCAGAUUCGGAGAUUAUUCAUGAUUAUGAUCAGAACGUCGUACAAAUGGAUUUGCAAUCAUCCCUUUCUUCUCGGCUUCGUUGCGUUUUUGUAUUAUCUGCAUAGAUAUUGUCCUCUUUUGUUUGCUCCCUUAGUGACUGCGUCUCCUGUUUUGGUGUGUACUUUCGUCUUGCUUGGUACCAUUUUGAGUUUUGGAGAGCCAAACAUUCCUGAAAUCGAAAAGGAUCCAGAGAUUUUCCACGAGGCUGCACCUCUUAGAACUGAGGUUUCGAGGGAUGCUAAUGUUACUGUUGUUGAUAGAGGAGGAGAUGAGAGUUUUACCGUAGAGAGUUUCGUCGGGGCGGAGAAAGUUGUGCUUGAGGAUGGAAAUGAUGAUGCUGAAAGAUUAGUGGAUAGCCAAUUCAGUGAGGUUGAGGACGAUGGCCGGCCAUUUGAUUAUAGGCCUUUAGUUGAUGAGACUCUUGAUGAGAUUAAACGGGAUACUCAUGUAAGAUUUGAGGAGAAAGCAUUUAUUUUGGAUGUGGAAAAGAAGGGAGACAGAGAAGAUGAGAAACUGAUUGAAAAUGACGGGACGGGUGCAGAGCAGUCGAGGACAAAUGGAUCUUUAUAUGAAAGGAUGGAUGAUCAGAUGGAUGUUUCUCCAGUUUCACCUUGGAGACCAAUGAGGCAUGAAGAGGAUGAGGAUGAUGAUGCGGACCGUGAUGACUCCUUAGAUUCUGGGUCUGAUGGUGCAGAAAGUUCUUCACCUGAUGCUUCUAUGACAGACAUCAUUCCCAUGCUUGACGAGCUUCACCCGCUUUUACUCUCAGAAGCUCCUACUCGUGGUAUUGUAGAUGGUGAAGGAUCUGAUGCAGCUUCAGAGGGGCCACAUAGGAGUAGUAGUGAUGAAGGAAUGGAGUCUGAUGGUGACAGUGAAAGUCAUGGAGAAGAAGGCGAUAACGAGAAUGAAGAUGAGGAAGAGGAUGAAGAAGAAGAAGAUGAGGAAGAGAAACAGGAAAAGAAGGAAGAUAAGGACGACGAAAGUAAAUCUGCAAUCAAAUGGACAGAGGCUGACCAAAGAAAUGUUAUGGAUCUAGGAAGUCUUGAACUUGAAAGAAACCAGCGGUUGGAGAAUCUUAUUGCCAGGAGAAGGGCUCGUCACAAUAUGAGACUAAUGGCAGAAAGAAAUCUUAUUGAUUUUGAUAGUGCUGAUAUUCCCUUUAAUAUGCCGCCAAUCUCAACUGCAAGGCAUAAUCCAUUUGAUGUUUCAUAUGAUUCGUAUGAUGAUAUGCCUAUCCCUGGUUCUGCCCCGUCCAUUAUGUUUGCGAGGAGAAAUCCAUUUGACCUUCCAUAUGAGCCAAAUGAAGAAAAGCCAGACCUCAAAGGUGACGGUUUUCAGGAAGAGUUCUCUUCUCAACAACCAAAGGAUCCAAUGUUCAGAAGACAUGAAAGUUUCAGUGUAGGCCCAUCAAUGCUUGGAGGUCCUAGACAUGAUAGGCUACGACCUUUCUUUGUGUUAGAAAGAUUAGCCAAUGAGGGAACGAGCUAUUAUCCAUUUGAAAGGCAGCUCAGUGAAGUUAGUGAAUCAAAAGUUAGUUCUAUUCCUGAUACUGAAUCUGUGUGCACAGUCCUGGAGGAUGACGAAAAGAAGGUGGAUGAAAAUAAUGCUGACCGAGAAACCAAAAUUGCUAAAGUUGAUAUGGUUUCUGACAAUGAUGAAGAAAAUAACCAUUCGGCUUCUGACCACGAUGAAGAAAAUAGUCAUUCAGCUUCUGACCAUGAUGAAGAAAAAAGCCAUUCGUCCGAGGAUUCCGAUUUCGAUGAACAAGCUGAUAGCAAAAAACUUCACCAUGAUGUGGCUGAGAUAGUACUAGGAAGUGGUGAAACACACCAUGAGCAAUCGGACAUGAUGGAAGGAGAAACUUCUGAUAAGGGAAAACUUGAUGAAGUCAGUGAUAGUGAUUCAUCUUUAUCAGAGAAAGAAGAAAAGAUACGUGAUAUCAGUGAAGAUGAAGCAAUGUUAAUUUCAGAACAAGUAGUUGAUCUUCAUGAAGAAUUAGGGGCGUCUUCACUGCCUUCUUUUGGAGAAUUAGAAAUCAAUAUGGCUAGAGGGGUGGAGGAUGAUUAUCACCAUGAUGAAGCUCGUGCUGAAGAAUCUUUCAUUACUGCGCAUCCGUCACUUGACGAGUCAGCCAUACAUGUUCUUUGUGGUUUGGGGGACGGUGAUCACGAGGAACCUGUUUACGAUUCGAGUCCUCCCUCAGGCAGUAGAUUCCCAUCAUUUUCUUCCGUAUCGUCUGAUUACAAACCAGAUCUACCUGAAAAGAAUGGGGAAGAAAUAGAAGAAAAUGAAGAGAAAGAACGUGAAGUUUAUUCUGAAAGUAUAGGUCCUGAGGAAAUUCAUUCUACUUCUAAUGAGACUGAAACAAGGACAAGCGAAGUAGGAGAGAAUAGCAUGCAUGUUACAGGAGAGGCAAGCCUUGUCAUGAGGGAGCAUUCGACACCACUGGAAGAAUCACCUGAUGUGGUGCAUGACAUAGCUGAAACUUCAGUAAACAAGUCAGUAGUUGAAGAGAUAAUGUACGAGGAAGAGGAAGCUCAAAAACAAAAAGAUGAAGUCAGUCCUCAAACAUUCAAUGCUGACAUCCCAAUAGAUAGUUAUGCCAGUUUGUCUUCUGGAGCAGUUGAGUAUGUUGAGACGCAUUCAUUUAAUGACGAAGAUGUUGCACAGUUGGAACAAGAACCAGUUCACUCAUUAGUUCAUGAUGCUGAGGAAGAAACUCACAACGACCAAACAAUGGAUAUUGAAGUAGACUCUGUAAAUGCUAGUGCCCAAAAUGUGGGAUCUGAAGAAACAAGUCCAUCUGAAUCAGAUAGAGAACUGACAUGGUCAGAUAAAUCUGUGGUAGAACAAUCAUCUCUUGAACCUGGUGACGAUCAAGUACCAACUCGUGCAGGUCCUGUGAGUGUCGUCUUUUCCCGCAACAUCACUUUUCACGAGUAUCACGAUGCUCCUGAAGAUACAACCGAGUUAUCUUGUUUGACGUCUGAUACAUCCUCUUCUCCAACAGAAUCUCCCGAGUACACGACACCUAUGGUUGGUGAAGGCUCAAGGGCAGAGUUUUUCCAAGAGGAUAUUUAUGAGGAGCUAGACCAUGUGGUGGAGCGAUUAGAGCAGCUUACAGACUUGCAUGCAAUAUCUCAAAGUCCUCCUGAAAUUAUCACCGAAGAGGCAGACGAGAUAAAAGAGAUUGAUGAAGGAUUGUUGUCUGAACUUGACUCGAUUGGAGACUUCAAUGUUAAGGAAGUUGUGACAGAUACUGAACCUGGGCCAUCUUCGAUAGAAAAUGCUAUGAACCAGGCUGUUGUAGAGAGCAUGGAAAAGCAACCAAAGUCACCACAAUCAGAUAGUAGGUCUGGAGAAAUCAUGUGUGCAGUUGAAACCAAACCAUCGGAGUCUUCAGUUGACGAAAGUUCUAUUGAUGAAACAAACGUUAUAACAACAUCCGAUGUUUUACCUGUCGUAGCUCGAUCACUGGAAGAAUUUCCGCAACCUUCUGAACCAAAAGAGGGGAUUUCAAUGGAGAUAAUCUCUGAAAGCGUGAUGAUUCCCACAGAAGCUACUGGUCCUGGUAAUGUAACAGUAAUUGAUGAAGUUGUGACCGAGGAAACGAAAGCUGAGACCACCGAGAAAGAAGAAGAAGGAGAAGAAGAGGAGGAAAGUAAACCAAAAGAGAUAACAAAAUCUGAUGUUUUACUUGUCGAAACUCGAGCACUGGAAGAAUUUCCCAAACCUUCUGAACUAAAAAAAGGGAUGGCAAUGGAAGUAAUCUCUGAAGGAGUGGUAAUCCCCACAAAAGCUGCUGGUCCUAGUAAUGUAACACUAAGUGAUGAGGUUGUGACUGAGAAAGCAAAAGCUGAGACCACUGCAAGCAACACUGAUGCAAAUGUCCAGAGUCCUGAGUCCAAAGAAACUCCAGAGAAUUCGGUGGAAACUAUUGCAGAGCAAAAAGGAAAGUAGGAGAAGAAGACGAAGUCCAACCCUUCAAGCUCGAGUUCAAGCUCAAGCUCUAGUUCGAGUGACUCAGAUUGAAAAUUAAAGGGUAAUACAUCAUCUCAAACUCAAGUAAAUAUAUCUUUGUUAAAGGGUAAUGAUAGGCACUUCUGGGUUUUGUUUUUUUUCAUCUGUGUCCUCUGUUUUAAAAGGGGCAAGAAGUAGCCGCUAAUCAUAUUUUUAUACCAAGUUUUCUCCUUCCUUUGUAUUGGUUUUCUUGUGUGUUUGUGUUUCCUUUUCUCUUCUUUCUUCAGCUUUCAUAUUUAUCGAUUUGAUUGAUUUGUAUCUCUUGAAACCAGAGAGGUUUUCUCAGGGUUUUGGAUUGUGUCUUUAAAUACUUUUCUCGCAUCUUUUUUGGGGGGUUUGUUAUUUGUAUUGGACCUGAGAAAUGGGAAAGGUACUGCCGUUUGGAUUUUUCUAUGAACAUUGUAAUAUAAUGGACUCGAUCGAAGAUGGUAACACCGUUCAGAUUACAAAUAGUUUUUGGUGGUUCAUAUUUAGUUGUAAAUCUCUUAUUAACAUGAAGCAUUGCCUCUCUUUUUUUUUUUGGUAAAAGAUGAACUUGUGUUUGAGAUUUUAUGUAAAUAAAGUAUCCAAGUAUAUUCAUAUAAAUCACCAACUUUUGAUUCAAA